AUGGCGGCUGCGUGGCGGGGAGCAUGGAGGUGGGCGGUCGCAUCCACCAACCGAGGCGGCGGCGGCGGCGAUCCUGUGCAGCCACCACUGCAACAUGCAAUGGUUGAUCACAGAUACGUCGACGACAACUGUGGAGCCAGCAGCACCGCUUUAGCGGCUACGUCCAGCAGCAGCAACAGUGCACUGGGCAGGUGGCUGUCGGAGCUGCAGGUCAGCUGGGUUCUCCACCUCGCCCAGGUGGACGCCGCGUCGGCGGGGAGGACCUUCGUGUCACGGCGACUCCAGCAUACCGCACGCAGCUGGGUCCUGGCUCUACACGCCAUCAGCAGGUCCGUCGCUAGCUUUACUGGAUGGUGUAGUAGCCAGGAGCUGCAGCAGGAGGAAGCUCUGCCGUGGCCACCUGCUUCCGAGUUCGUAGGAUUCAUUGCAGCAACCUUCUUGCUCGUGCUGCCUUUCGUUGACGCCGUCGUUGCACUAGACGACGUCAUUUGCCCUGCUAGCACUAGCAUUAGCAGCGACGACCAUGGCCAUGGCCAUGGUGGUAUCGUGUCUGGCAACAAGGGUGCAGUGGCAUCGGCUCACAAGUUCCGGACACUGACAGAUGUCCGUGACGCUCUCUCCGGGGUCUUCGAGCAGGUCCAGCUCUGGCACUCGUGUCUCAGUUCCUCUUCGUCACCCGAUGCAGAAGCUGCUAGGAUAAGUGCGGAGAUGAUAAGGCUGCUGUCAGCGAAGCUGGACAAGGUGGACGAGGCCAUGAGGAACACAAGAGACUGCAUCAGGACUCACUUCAUUUACAACCAUUUAGUGGAUCCUCCUAUUGCAUAUGAUGAAGCAUCUCGGAGCGAGAAGAAUGCCAGUUCUUCCACCAGCUUGAACACCGUGAUCAUCCGUUCCCUAGAAGAAAGCCUCACCAGGGUGUCACAGUCGUUCCCGGAUCAGAGCCUCAGGUUCCUAUUCCUGGCCAACAAUUUCUACUUCCUGUGGCACCAACUGCUUUCUCAAAAUCUGCUUUUGGAUGUCCCAACGGAUGCCCUGGCUCGCAAGAUUGACAAGAUGCAAGUAUCCUGA